AUGCAAAACUCUGGGCGUGCGGUGGAGAGGAGAGGUGAGCCUACUAGCUGUUAUCAGGCCCAGCACACAGAGCAGGGUGUUCAGUCCCAAGGUGACGAGUGUAAGGGCACUGAUUAGACAGCACGGCUUGAACAGGCCUUGGCCAGCAGUGGGCACUGGGCUGCCAACGGACCAUCACCAGGCCCCAACACUCACACUCACUCACUCACUCUCUCACACACACACACUCCAGCCAACCUCCUCCUUCCUCCUCCUCCUUAAAGUGAGUAGGAGCUAUGCUGAGAGGAUACCCAGAGUCCUCUGUGCUGGCUGGAUCGUUCUCUCCUAGACUCCACUCUUUGACUUCCAUCCAAAGUAAUAUCUGCAGGGAGCCCACAAGAUGAAUAGCUCUGCAAAUGCUGCAUUAAAAACUCAUGAACGGGGAUACCUUCAGGGGAGCUGGGAGCUCCUUGGCUGGGAAGAGGUGGCCCUUUUUUCUGCUGAGUAGUGAUUUGAGCAGAGCAGGGGAGAGCGAGAGCAGUAGGAGGACCUCAGUAAUGUGUCCUGUCACCAGGGCCGUAUUGAGCGGAUUGAGGGCCCUGCUGUACUGUAAUAUGGCCUCAUCUCCUGUGUUGCUGGGUGCCAGUCAGAGAGGGCAUCUGGGGUUGUGUCUAAGUGGUGACUCAGAUGGAUGGAAGCUAGGACAGCUAGGACAGCAGAGUCCCUGCCCAUCUUCCGAAAACAUCUGAAACCCUACCUCUUCAAACAGUAUCUUAAAUAAUCCUCCUCCUCACCUCGACUCUACUGAUAGCUACGUUAUUGAGGAACAAUGUACUUUCUAUGCCUGUGAUAUGUGGUUGUCCCACCUAGCUAUCUUAAGAUGAAUGCACUAACUGUAAGUCGCUCUGGAUAAGAGCGUCUGCUAAAUGACUCAAAUGUAAAUGUUAAAUGAAAAUGUGAGUGACUGGUGUGGAGCCCAGGUGUCAAGGUAGAUGUAGGUGGGUGUGGUGGUGGAAUCAGGCGCAGGACGCAGAACGUUAGUCCAACAGACUUUAGUAGAUGCACACAAAAACAAUCACGAAUAAAUGCCCUGAGGCGAAAACUCUGCACGUAGGCGAAAAUAACGGGCGCACUAACAGGUGCGACAAAACACUCCAAACAAUAUGGAGAAAUAGCUCAACCGAGCAAACAGUAGAAUAACAGCCUACCGGCACGACAGUAAAACAAUAACACACAACACUAGACAAACACAACGAGAACUUAUAGGACACUAAUUACACUAAACGAUAACAGGUGUAACAACAAUCAGACAAAAGCAAACGAACAUAGAAACAUGCAACGGUGGCAGCUAGUAUUCCGGAGACAACGAACGCCGAAGCCUGCCCGAGCAAGGAAGAGAGGCAGCCUCGGCCGAAACCGUGACACCAGGGUUAUUGCAUCAGGGAAAUGUGAAAGUGAAGGAAACUUAAAAAGCUGCACACAAAGUUCACAGAGUAAUGAUGUCAUUACUGUGAGUCAGUCAACCACUUCUGAAUAAGCGGAUUACAGUUAUGAUACCUCCCUCCCUGUACCAAAUCAAAUCAAAUUUGUCACAGGUGCCGAACACAACUGGUGUAGACUUUACCAUGAAAGGCUUGCUUACGAGUCCUUCCCAAUGAUGCAGAGUUAAAAAAUAAUCAUAAAAAAUUAAAAUAGAAACACAAGAGAGGUAAAAUAAAAUACACAAGAAUGGAGCUACAUACAGGGAGUACCAGUAUCAGAUUGGUGUGUAGAGGUACGAGGUAUUUGAGGUAGAUAUGGACAUGAAGGCAGGGUAAAAGUGACUGAAGGCAGGGUAAAAGUGACUGAUGGCAGGGUAAAAGUGACUGAAGGCAGGGUAAAAGUGACUGAAGGCAGGGUAAAAGUGACUGAAGGCAGGGUAAAAGUGACUGAAGGCUGGGUAAAAGUGACUGAAGGCAGGGUAAAAGUGACUGAAGGCUGGGUAAAAGUGACUGAAGGCUGGGUAAAAGUGGUGGAACUCGUAUGAUGUCGCCCUUCUCCAGCGGCGCCAUCUUUACCACAUACCUACACCAAGUCACAUGUUUUAUAGGGCAGACUAGUGACCAUUCUCAUUGGCUUUGACAGCUCUUAUGUUUGCUGUUCCUGAGAGGGUGGCCACUGAAUAAGAAGAAAGGUGCCUACAGCUGAUGCAUUGACCACAUUUGGUGAUCCAUGGAACAUUGACAACUGUCACGCCCUGGCUCUGGGGACUCUGAAAUGUUGAGCCACGGUGUGUAGUUUCUGUGUUAUAUUUUCUAUGUUCAUGUGCUAGAUCGUUUAGAUCUAUGUUGGCCAGGGUGGUUCCCAAUCAGAGGCAGCUGUAUCUUGUUGUCUCUGAUUGGGGACCAUACUUAGGCAGCCUGUUCGGCACUAGUCGGUGUGGGAUCUUGUUCCGUAAAGGUUUGUUUUGUGUAACCUAGGACUUCACGUAUCGUUUGUUUGUUGUUUUGUGUCAUGUUAAGUACUUAAUAAAAUGUACGCUUAUCACGCUGCGCCUUGGUCCUUCUCGUUAAUGAGCGAUCGUGACAACAACAUGUGAUCGAGGGUGAUAGGGCACAAAGGCAUUCUUUCAAUGAGUCGCUGUCUGUUGAAUCACUGAAGCCCAGACAUAACAUAUUCAGGGCUGGCCCACAGGCCAUAAAAUGUUUGUGUAAGUAUAUAUUUCCCUUUAUUCAGAUUACAACAUCUCACUUUCAGUUAUUUGAAAAGGAAAUAAUCUCCCAAAUAUCACUAUUUCUAAAACAAGCCAUAGAAAGUUGGUUGCAAUUUCAAUUUAAUCCUCCAGAAACGACAGAACAAAUAAUGCAACAAAUAUUGUGGUUAAACUCAAAUAUACGAAUUGAUAAAAAACUUUUUUUUUUGACAAAAUGUUUACAAAAGGUAUAAUCUUCGUAAAUGAUAUCAUUGGUAGGACUGGUGGAGUUAUGUUGCACAUGCAGCUAACAAAAACAUAUGGAAAUGUCUGCUCUACCCAAAAUUACAACCAAAUAAUUGCAGCAUUACCGCAAAAAUGGAAGAGGAAAGUGGAAGGGGGAAAAAGUAAGGAACUUGUCUGUCGGCCUUGCAUUAAAGAACAUAAUUGGUUAAAUAAAACUGUGAUAAAUAAAAAAGUAUACCAGUUUAAUUUAAGGACCAAAGGAUUGACAGCCGUCCCAUAUACAGUGGGGGAAAAAAGUAUUUAGUCAGCCACCAAUUGUGCAAGUUCUCCCACUUAAAAAGAUGAGAGAGGCCUGUAAUUUUCAUCAUAGGUACACGUAAACUAUGACAGACAAAAUUAGAAGAAGAAAAAUCCAGAAAAUCACAUUGUAGGAUUUUUAAUGAAUUUAUUUGCAAAUUAUGGUGGAAAAUAAGUAUUUGGUCAAUAACAAAAGUUUCUCAAUACUUUGUUAUAUACCCUUUGUUGGCAAUGACACAGGUCAAACGUUUUCACACACUGUUGCUGGUAUUUUGGCCCAUUCCUCCAUGCAGAUCUCCUCUAGAGCAGUGAUGUUUUGGGGCUGUCGCUGGGCAACACGGACUUUCAACUCCCUCCAAAGAUUUUCUAUGGGGUUGAGAUCUGGAGACUGGCUAGGCCACUCCAGGACCUUGAAAUGCUUCUUACGAAGCCACUCCUUCGUUGCCCGGGCGGUGUGUUUGGGAUCAUUGUCAUGCUGUCAAUUACAUUGAUGGAAUUUACAAUCUAUCUGCAAUAUUAAAGCUGAUCUACCCCCUAAAAAAAAAGUAUGUGUACCACAUUGUAUAUUUAGUGAUUUACUGAACCACUCAGCACCUAAUCAGCAACAUACCACUGGUAAUAUCACAAUAUUUACAUGACCAGGACAUACUGCAUCCGAACAAGCAUUUGGAUAACUUUAUUUAAAGUUAUUUGAAGCCAGGCUCUUAGCCCGCUCUCUGCAGUGGUUAAAUUAAAUGUGCUAGUUACGUUAAUGCUGAAGCACCAAAAAUAUCUCUCACAUUUGAGUGAGUAAGCCCAGUGAGGCUGUGAAGCCUGUGCAUUGUUUUCCCUGCGCUGGGUCUACCAGGUGGAGGGAAUCGUAUGUUCCCUUGACCCCCCUGAGCUCCAUCCCUCUGCAAAUCCCCCCGACGCCUCUCCCUAAUUCCCCUCAAGCCAGCAUCCUCCAAUAAAUUAGCCCAGUGGCCCCUUCUGCGAAGGGCCCUGACAGUCUGGCCACUGAUCAAGGGCCGAGCCACAAGCCCCACGUACACUACUGACUGAGCCUAGUGUAACCCAGACCCUGUCGUACAGCAAACAACCUGACAGCUAGGUCGGCUUGGGAGAAAUUGGCUCUAGUUAUAGUCUUUGUCUUAUUGGGAUUUGGAUGGUUUUGCUUGUUUGAUUAUGUUUCUUUAACGUAUUAUGUCCUAGUAAUUCUGAUUCUGUUUCCUAUCUCACUAGGUUUUUUUACUCCAGCUAUAUUCUGCCUGUGGCUGCUGUCUGGUGGUGUAUCUGGUUCUAGUUGUCUGACAGUGUCUCUGUUCUCUCUCUCUCUCUCCAGUGCUGCUGAGCCUGCUGAAGGCCGGCGCCCAGACAGAAAUGAAGAGAGUCGUCGGAGACAACGCCACCCUGCCGUGCCACCAUCAGUUCUGGCAGUCCAAUGCGCAGUCCCUCGACAUCGAGUGGCUACUGCAGAAGCCCAACUCCAAGCAGAGAGUGGUGAGGAAGCUGCUCUCUCUUUCUCUUCUGAUGUUUUUUGUCAUUUUCUCUCUUUCCUUCUUUCUCUCUCUCUUCUCUCUCCUUUUCUCUAUACCCCCUCCCAAUUUCUUUGUUGCAACCAAUUUGAUUGAAUUUUAAUCGCUUUUUCAAAGGUACACUUAUACAACACAAUGUUCCUCCGAUUUGUUUCCUUCCGAUCUCAGCCCUUUUCUACUUCCUACAGUUUACUCUUACACUCUCCCAAUUCCUCAUGCCUCUAUUUAUUUCAACUGCUCAGGGUUUUGUACAUAGGCUUUUUCAGAUUCCCUGAAGUGUUAAAAUAUCGACAGAGAUACAGUAGCAAACAAAUUACUGUGGCUGAAUGUCCACCUGAGACACAGUUACUAAAUAAAGCCUGUACAUCACACCAGCUGUGACAAAAAAUACCUAGACAUUCCAGUCCCUGAGAAUUGAAUUAGACCGCAUCAAUACUGCCAGCUCCUAAUAAAAUAAAAAUGUAUCCCUCCUAUCACCUACCUUAAAUCAUCUACAGAGUCUAAAAACAGUCCUAAUGUAAUUACUUGUCUUGUAGCUCUCAGAAGAUGUUAAAGUAUCAGUUUCUGUUUUGAUUUGUUCCUGUUUUUUCUUAAGGAAAUGUAGUAUCUGAUAACAGUAAGACAGUGAAAUCUGAACAGGCCUCAUCAGAAGAAAGAGAUUUCUUCUCUCUUUUGAAGUCAAUCAUUAACACACUGAUCUUUUGAUUAGCAGUGAGAGAUUUGGUUCCACAAGAAAAGGGAGAGGAGGGAGAGAAGGGAGGAGGGAGAGAAGGGAGGAGGGAGAGAAGGGAGGAGGCAGAGAAGAAAGGAGGGAGAGAAGGGAAGAAAGGGGAAAACAAAUGUCUAACACUUUGAUAUCUUGAAGGGGCUGGCGCAUUGCAUUGAAUAUUUAACAGGGAGAUAACAUUGAACAUUAAUUAAAAUCAAACGUCUGAAAAUGUGAUUAGGAAUGAGACUGUGCCUGUGGCGGAAUGAAUACAUUAUUUAAUUUCUGCUGGAAGGCCGUGUUGAAAUGGAAAAGAGCAGCUUGUCAACAUUUAGCCUCUGUUGCCGAGCGUACAGGCUAAAUGUGUCAGGAGCACAGAGGGGAGAGAAAGCCUGAGCAAGGGCAGGGUUCACUGGUGCUAACCUGGGGAUGCGUAUGCAAAUACACAGUAACUUGAACCUCAUAGCGCAGGUGCCAGGGUUAUGUCACAGAGUGCCUGUGGCAGGGCUCAGUGUGUGUGUGUGUGUGUGUGUGUGUGUGUGUGUGUCUUUGUGUGUAAAUGGCCAGACGUCACCUGCGAGCGCAGCAGGUAAACCAAGCUCUGGUGGCACUGAUGUGCUGUGGCACCAGUGUUUAGCAGUCCCCAUCUGCAGGCUCUCAGUUGCCCUGAGUAAUAGGCUACUGUGACAGCUGUGUUUGAUGUUGUUGUUGUAGUGUGUGUGUGUGUGUGUGUGUGUGUGUGUGUGUGUGUGUGUGUGUGUGUGUGUGUGUCUGUGUGUGUGUGUGUGUGUGUGUGUGUGUGUGUGUGUGUGUGUGUGUGUGUGUGUGUGUGUGUGUGUGUGUGUGUGUGUGUGUGUGUGUGUGUGUGUGUGUGUGUGUGUGUGUGUGUUUGUGUUUGUGUGUAUGUAUGUACAGUGAGGGAAAAAAGUAUUUGAUCCCCUGCUGAUUUUGUACGUUUGCCCACUGACAAAGAAAUGAUCAGUCUAUAAUUUUAAUGGUAGGUUUAUUAGAACAGUGAGAGACAGAAUAACAACAAAAAAAUCCAGAAAAACGCAUGUCAAAAAUGUUAUAAAUUGAUUUGCAUUUUAAUGAGGGAAAUAAGUAUUUGACCCCCUCUCAAUCAGAAAGAUUUCUGGCUCCCAGGUGUCUUUUAUACAGGUAACGAGUUGAGAUUAGGAGCACACUCUUAAAGGGAGUGCUCCUAAUCUCAUCUUGUGACCUGUAUAAAAGACACCUGUCCGCAGAAGCAAUCAAUAAAUCCGAUUCCAAACUCUCCACCAUGGCCAAGACCAAAGAGCUCUCCAAGGAUGUCAGGGACAAGAUUGUAGACCUACACAAGGCUGGAAUGGGCUACAAGACAAGCAGCUUGUGAGAAGGUGACAACAGUUGGUGCGAUUAUUCGCAAAUGGAAGAAACACAAAAUAACUGUCAAUCUCCCUCGGCCUGGGGCUCCAUGCAAGAUCUCACCUCGUGGAGUUGCAAUGAUCAUGAGAACGGUGAGGAAUCAACCCAGAACUACACGGGAGGAUCUUGUCAAUGAUCUCAAGGCAGCUGGGGCCAUAGUCACCAAGAAAACAAUUGGUAACACACUACGCCGUGAAGGACUGACAUCCUGCAGCACCCGCAAGGUCCCCCUGCUCAAGAAAGCACAUAUACAGGCCCGUCUGAAGUUUGCCAAUGAACAUCUGAAUGAUUCAGAGGAGAACUGGGUGAAAGUGUUGUGCUCAGAUGAGACCAAAAUGGAGCUCUUUGGCAUCAACUCAACUCGCCGUGUUUGGAGGAGGAGGAAUGCUGCCUAUGACCCCAAGAACACCAUCCCCACCGUCAAACAUGGAGGUGGCAACAUUAUGCUUUGGGGGUGUUUUUCUGCUAAGGGGACAGGACAACUUCACUGCAUCAAAGAGACAAUGGACGGGGCCAUGUACCGUCAAAUCUUGGGUGAGAACCUCCUUCCCUCAGCCAGGGCAUUGAAAAUGGGUAGUGGAUGGGUAUUCCAGCAUGACAAUGACCCAAAACACACGGCCAAGCCAACAAAGGAGUGGCUCAAGAAGAAGCACAUUAAGGUCCUGGAGUGGCCUAGCCAGUCUCCAGACCUUAAUCCCAUACAAAAUAUGUGGAGGGAGCUGAAGGUUCGAGUUGCCAAACGUCAGCCUCAAAACCUUAAUGACUUGGAGAAGAUCUGCAAAGAGGAGUGAGACAAAAUCCCUCCUGAGAUGCAUGCAAACCUGGUGGACAACUACAACAAACGUCUGACCUCUGUGAUUGCCAACAAGGGUUUUGCCACCAAGUACUAAGUCAUGUUUUGCAGAGGGGUCAAAUACUUAUUUCCCUCAUUAAAAUGCAAAUCAAUUUAUAACAUUUUUGACAUGCGUUUUUCUGGAUUUUUGUUGUUGUUAUUCUGUCUCUCACUGUUCAAAUAAACCUACCAUUACAAUUAUAGACUGAUCAUGUCUUUGUCAGUUUGCAAACGUACAAAAUCAGCAGGGGAUGAAAUACUUUUUUCCCUCACUGUAUGUGUGUGUGUGUGUUUACAAGGGAGAGAGAGAAAAAGACAAAGAGAGGGUAUGUCUGUACUGUAUGUGUAUGUGUCUUUAUGAGCAAGCGGUGUCCAUGUACGUCUAAAUCCAGAUACAGAGCUGAUUUAUUUACAUAUAUCUCUGCAUUCAGCUCUCUCAGUGUGUCUCAUUGUCUCUCUCUCCAACCCAGAUCAUCACGUUUUUCGGGGGCCAGGUGUACACCAAUGAGGUGACCAGCGAGGCCAGUCGUCUGUCCUUCGCCGGGGACUACCUGAAAGGAGACGCCUCCCUGCUCCUCAGUGACCUACAGCUGACGGACUCUGGGGAGUACCACUGCAAGGUCAAGACGGGGGGAAAGUACCACUGGAGCCAUGUCAAACUCAUUGUGCUGGGUGAGUCUGCUCUCCAGCUCUGUCUCUUACACGCGCUAAUCAAAAGGGAAUUAGCCCGGCACAUUUCCUCUCUCAUGCUGACUGAUCUAAUGAUUCAAUUUGAUUCAGACGGAGUGAUUCAAUUUAGAUUUUUUGUUUGGCCUUGUUUCUCCGUUGCGAGGGUCUCUGAGAUGUGUGGUUGUUGAGGCACAUAGAAGUAACAUAUCAUAUACACUGCAAGUCAAAAGUUUGGACACAUCUACUCAUUCAAGGGUUUUUCUUUAUUUUUACUAUUUUCUACAUUGUAGAAUAGUAGUGAAGAUAUUAAAUAACUCAUAUGGAAUCAUGUAGUAACCAAAAAAGUGUUAAACAAAUCAAAAUAUAUUUUAUAUUUGAGAUUCUUCAAAUAGCCACCCUUUGCCUUGAUAAUAGCUUUUGACUGGUACUGUAUAUGUCGAAAAAUGGCUGACAUUGUGGAUUGACCUCAUGUCAGCUUGAAACAGAUGAUGCAGAAUUUAGCUGUUAAACAUUAGGAAACGUUUUUGCCAUCAUGAUAUGAAAAUAAGUUUUCUGUCAUCAAAUAUACUGCAGACAAGCUCUUUAUGAUGAUUUAAUAUUUGUUAUAUCUGUUUUUAAUUAUUAAACACCAUACAGAGUUCUGAGCCAUCAUUCAGCUUUCAUAACUAUGAUGACAAAGCCAGUUGGGCUGCUUUAUAUUCUCUGUUCUGUUUAGUUUUUUUCAUUGCCCCUAUACACAGAGGCUUGUUGGAUCUGUUAAAAAUGGCUUAGUUUUCAAUGGCUCUGUGGUAAAUGUGCCUCUGCAUAUCAUUGAAUAGACAAACAGCUUUGAAGGACAGACAGGCAAGUGAAGAGCAGCAAUACCACAAAGCCGUCUAGUAGUCCAACGGGGGAAGUGAGAUCAUUCUCAAUGUCAGAAACCAUGCAAUUUAUUAAAACAUCAUGGGAGAUUAGUUAAUUGGUACUUUAAUGGAACAGUCUCUUAAUUCUUUCUCUCUUUUCUCCCUCUCCUACAUAAAGACAUUUCACUGAGUUAGCGCCUAGAUUUUUACAAAUUGCCCUCAGCUUUGCAGUGACGUGUUUGAUUUUGAGAGACGAACAUUUGCAUUUUUCUCUCGCAGUCCCGAUGUUAAGAUUAUGGGUUGGCAGCGGAGCUGGUGACUGGCUGGGUCUGGGCCCCUGUGUCAGUGUGUGUGUGUUUGUCCUCACUCUGGCUGCUCCUGCUGCAGAGAGAUUGGCCUAACUGGCCCUGACAGAGCUGUGAGAUGUACUGCAGAAUCCCCGGCACUCUCCUCAGCCCCCUCAUUAUAUCUCUCACUGAGCAUGUUCACCAGGCCGGUUAGACUGGGAGGGAAGGGAUGGAGGGGAGGGGAGGGAUGGAUGGAUGGAAGGAGGAAGGGAUGGAGGGAUGGGUUGAGGGAUGGAGGGAUGGGUUGAGGGAUGGAUGGAGAGAUAUAAGGAGGACUGGAGCAGCUGCUGUGAAGCGGCAUAGAGCUUAGAGCAGUGCUGGCCAUCUAGUGAACUCAGGAGCACAGGACUCUCUCCUGACCUGUCUCUGUCUGCAGGCUUUCAAAACCAACUCACAGUCACUUAAUGAUCUAGACCUGGGGCCUUUAACACAACUCUUAAUCCCAGCAUUUACUACCAUGAGAAACAAGCAAGCUACUGUUACACUCAAUAAUCUUUCAGUAUUCUUUCACAUUUACACAUGCUGCUACAGUAUGUCAUACUCUGAGCUAAACAGUAUAUUAUAAGAAUGAAUCAUUAUCCGUAUUAGGUACCAUCCUGUGUUAUUUUUUGUAUUAUAGUGUUAUUUUGAGUGUUCUAUAACUACUGUUCUGUUGUUUCUACAGUGAAGCCCUCUAAGCCGCGAUGCUGGAUGGACGGCAGGCUGUUGGAGGGCAGUGAUGUUAAACUGAGCUGCAAAUCCAAUGACGGCUCAGACCCUAUCAAAUACAAUUGGGAGAGGGUGCUGGAUAAGGGAAAGAGUGUUGGGAAACUCCCCAUACUGGCACUGAGAGGUAAAUAGAUUGUCCACAAGUACACAUGCUGCGCCCCACUUCAUCCAUGUGUAUGUGAAACACGGGUCCACUAAAGAGGAUAUUACAUAGAAUAUGACAUUUUGAUGAUAGUAUUUCCCAGAUUUUGUUUUAUCCCCAAACACUUAAAUACCAGUCUGCCUCCGAAACACCGAAAUGUAAUGGAGAUUCAUUAUAGCACAAAACUUCCUGAUAGCGGCAAUUCCGCCAGGGUUCCCCAACUGGCUGCCUAACUUGACCUGCGGGAGAUUCUAUUUGGCCCCACAAGUUUUCUGCACAAGAAAAUCAGUUUUUUAAAAUUAUUGUUUAUUAUUGUUGGACAUAAAAGACUGUAAAAACACCAGCAAAUCAGCUCCAAAUGAUUUUAAUUGAGAAAAUAUGUUCAAAAGUAUUCCCACGCAUAAUAGAGAGAUAUACAGUAUGUGAUCGUAUACAAAUAUAAGCAAGGUUUGAAAUUAUUAUGUUUUAUGCAUUUAUGCAUUCUACAAAUUAUUAGUAAUUAUGUUCUGGCCCCGUGACCAUCCACUCAAGAAAAAAUCGACCAAUGGCUGAAUCGGCCUAGACGCAUCUACCCCUCAAGGCACACAACAACACACCUUCAUUGCGUUUCAGUUUUACCACCUAUUUUCCCCACUCAACUCGCAUUAGCGAUGACACGUGCCCAUGCCAAAAGCCUAGAAAUUAACGACCUCCAUGAAACAACAUUUGUUCAGUCUAAUUCGUUUUCAUUGGGCGAUAAAACACAUCGUCGUGGCCCAUUAUUUAUGGGUGGUGGUGAAAGGUAAUAUCACGUGGCUGUCAUGACGGGGAUGACUAAGCAACUCUUAGCCCCGUAAAGCUCCAUCAUUCUCUCAGACAAACUCUUUUAACUCACCCUAAAUUCCCCCAGUGUCUACGGGCCUGCUCUUCAAUCACCAAAGCCACUCUGAGUCUGAGUACAUCCAAUCUCUCAGAGGCCAAGAUCAACAUUUGCGAGUUCCUCUACUCUUGCUCCAUUCCACAAAGUGUGAUACAUCAGAGCUGACACACUAUUACAGACAGGAAUGGAAAGCCCAAAACAGACCUGAGUCAGGUCUAACUAGGCUCAACACUCAUCAAUACAAUUUAAUCUCAAUAAAGCCUCACAAUGCAUUAUUCUUGCUGCUGGUCUAUUACUAGAUUAUCAUAGAAUGGAGUGGAUCAGAGCUGAGUAGACUUUGAUGUAGUACAGUACUUCACUGCAAGGAUUUACUACAUGCUGUUAAUAAAAUAGCUCUUCAAGGUCAUGCUAACUGUAGAAGUGCUUGAAACCAUUGUAGUGGAAAUACAUGUACAGUCAUGGUCAAACGUUUUGAGAAUGACACAAGUAUUGGUCUUCACAAAGUUCGCUGCUUCAGUGUUAUGCGAUAUUUUUGUCAGAUGUUACUAUGGUAUACUGAAGUAUAAUUACAAGCAUUCCAUAAGUGUCAAAGGCUUUUAUUGACAAUUACAUUAAGUUUAUGCAAAGAGUCAAUAUUUGCAGUGUUGACCAUUCUUUUUCAAGACCUCUGCAAUCCGCCCUGGCAUGCUGUCAGUUAACUUCUGAGCCACAUCCUGACUGAUGGUAGCCCAUUCUUGCAUAAUCAAUGCUUGGAGUUUGUCAGAAUUUGUGGGGUUUUGUUUGUCUACCCGCCUCUUGAGGAUCCACCACAAGUUCUCAAUGGGAUUAAGGUCUGGGUAGUUUCCUGGCCAUGGACCCAAAAUGUAGAUGUUUUGUUCACUUAUCACUUUUGCCUUACGGCAAGGUGCUCCAUCAUGCUGGAAAAGGCAUUGGUCGUCACCAAACUGUUAUUGGAUGGUUGGGAGAAGUUGCUCUCGGAGGAUGUGUUGGUACCAUUCUUCAUUCAUGGAUGUGUUCUUAGGCAAAAUUGUGAGUGAGCCCACUCCCUUGGCUGAGAAGCAACCCCACACAUGAAUGGUCUCAGGAUGCUUUACUGUUGGCAUGACACAGGACUGAUGGUAGCGCUCACCUUGUCUUCUCCGGAUAAGGUGUUUUCCGGAUGCCCCAAACAAUCGGAAAGGGGAUUCAUCAGAGAAAAUGACUUUACCCCAGUCCUCAGCAGUCCAAUCCCUGUACCUUUUGCAGAAUAUCAGUCUGUCCCUGAUGUUUUUCCUGGAGUGGCUUCUUUGCUGCCCUUCUUGACACCAGGCCAUCCUCCAUUUACAUUUACAUAAUUUACAUCAAGUCUUCGCCUCACUGUGCGGGCAGAUGCACUCACAUCUGCCUGCUGCCAUUCCUGAGCAAGGUCUGCACUGGUGGUGCCCCGAUCCCACAGCUGAAUGAACUUUAGGAGACGGUCCUGGUGCUUGCUGGACUUUCUUGGGCACCCUGACGCCUUCUUCACAACAAUUGAACCUCUCUCCUUGAAGUUCUUGAUGAUCUGAUAAAUGGUUGAUUUAGGUGUAAUCUUACUAGCAGCAAUGUCCUUGCCUGUGAAGCCCUUUUUGUGCAAAGCAAUGAUAAUGGCACGUGUUUCCUUGCAGGUAACCAUGGUUAACAGGGGAAGAACAAUGAUUUCAAGCACCACCCUCCUUUUAAAGCUUCCAGUGUGUUAUUUUAAACUCAAUUAGCAUGACACAGUGAUCUCCAGCCUUGUCCUCGUCAACACUCUCACCUGUGAUAAUGAGAGAAUCACUGACAUGAUGGAAGCUGGUCCUUUUGUGGCAGGGAUGAAAUGCAGUGGAAAUGUUUUUUGGGGAUUACGUUUAUUUUCAUGGCAAAGAGGGACAUGGCAAAUUGCCAUCAUCAAAACUGAGGGAGCAGACUUUGUGAAAAUUAGUAUUUGUGUCAUUCUCAAAACUUUUGACCAUGACUGUACAAACUGCACCACAGACCCUGGUCCUCUCAGCUUUCCCAAGUUGAGCAGGUUGUUAAAUCACGGUCUAUCUAUCUCUCUUACAGAUCUGAAGAAUCCAGCGAUCGUCACCCUGCGGAACCUUACGAAGGACAGUACAGGUGUCUACAAGUGCACCGCCAGCAAUGACGUGGGAGAGGAGAACUGCAUCAUCGAGGUCACCAUGCAAUGUGAGUAGAGAGCUGCUCUCCGGCUCCGCACCAUACCAUACUACAAUGGUGAUGGAUGACUGUAGUUUCCAACAGCACCUGAAAAUUAUUUUUCCCUCACGCCCUCGCUCCACUCCCCUGCACCUCAGUAACCCAACACUGGGGACUGUACUGUUAGAACAGUGGCCAUUGGUCAUCGGCUACGCUCAAACAGUAAUGUUUCAAUGUCACAGUAUUAGAUUUCCAGAAAGGCACAGGAAUAUUAGGGUCACAAUGGGGUGAACUGUUGGGGACAUGAUUUAUAAGUUAACACAGCAACAGAAAUGGUUUGAUAGCGUUUUGUUAGAUUCAUAGCUUUGUAGGGGACUGAACACAUAAUACACACAACACCAGCAAAAUCUAUGAUCCACAAAUUCACAGGAUUUACCUAUCGGGACUAAAUCAAAGGGAUUGUUUAUGUGAGAAGCAUCAAUAUUUGCGUGUGUACACAGUACAGUGUGGAUACUGUAUGUACAGGUGCAUGUAUGGUGGUUUUCCGCUGCCCUUCUGAGGUCACAGAUGUGUGAUGAUCCACAGAUGUUCGAGGGAUGGGCGUGCUGGCAGGUGCCGUGGUGGGCGUCUCCUUUGGUGUUCUCCUCAUCAUCCUAAUCAUCUGGCUCGUCUUCCGCAAGAAGGAGAAGAAGAAGUAUGAGGAGGAGGAGACUCCCAACGAGAUCCGGUCAGUUAUUUUCCUUCUUCUUCUUCUUCUGUUCCUCUUUUGCUCUUUUUCUGUCUCUAACUUAAAUACUAAAGCAAAGCACCAACUUCUCUGCAUGUGUAAGUGCACAUGCGUGUGUGUCUGUAAUAAAUCCCUCAUUGUCAAGCGUAGUAUUGAUUGGUUUCUGAGAGCCUCCUUUUCACACCUCUCUGCUCCCGUGCCCAGAGCUUCUCUCCUCUCCAGAGCAGCCAUUAGCAGGCGGCAGGGCCUAGGUGUGGAUUGAGGCCGUGUUUGACUACCAGAGCGAGAGUUACAGUAAACUGGGGACUCCAGGCUGCUAAUGGAAUGACUUGUUACAGCAGAAAAAUAAGAAAAAUUACAACUUGGAGGCUAUGUAGCUGCUUAUUUGCCGGUGUUCAGAUGAAUAAUGCAGCUUGGUUGGGGAUGACUGUGUAGUAAAUAAUGCAGACUACGUGGAGGUCUUUCCUUUUUACAUGCCAUGUUUAACCACUGAGCGGGUGGGAUGGGAUGGAGCUCGUUGGUUUUCUGAAGUGGGGUCGGUGACGAUGGCGCCGAUGUAAUGUGACGAAUUAGACUAUCUUUAUUUAGACACUGUGUCAGACCCAGAUGAUAAUGCAGCAAGUGCAGUGGAGCGUCACCAAACCCUUUUCUCUGAUUGUAUAAGACAGUUUUCUCCACUGGCUCUCCUCAGAAAGGCCAUAGAGUUUGUCUAAGUUUGUCUCUGUGUGCAUGCUUGGGGUCAUGACUGGCCGAAUCUAAGUAGCUCUUGUUUGUUUUUGCUUUGUGUAUCCGUACAGGGAAGAUGCGGAGGCUCCCAAGGCCAAGCUGGUGAAGCCCAACUCUCUGUCCUCGUCCCGCUCUGGCAGCUCCCGCUCUGGGGCCUCCUCAACACAGUCCAUGGUGCACACCACCGUCCCCCGCGGGCACCGCCCUCGGCCCCCAGCCAUAGCUGCCCUUAAGGAGAACGGACAGCCCCAUGACUUCCCUCAGUCCCCCCCAGCCUACACCACGGUGGUACCCCCGAACAAGACCCCUGAGCCCCCCGGCACCCCCAAAUUCAACAUCAACUCCAGGAACCAGAUCUCUGGGCCCACUCCCCCCACUCUCAUGGUCCCUGCCCAGACCAAGGCCUUUCAAACUGUGUAG